GCCCCCUCCGUGCGUCGCUCACGUAACCACGCCCCGGAGCGCCUUGGCUGGUUCCCGGAAAACCCUGAUGUGGUGAACCUGGAUCUCGUCUUGUUUCUCUAGCAACGGUCUCAGGAGCAGAUGGCCACCCAGCGAUUUGUCUGACUGUGUUGGGUCUGGGCCACUUGUCUCCAACUCAUAAGGGCUUGCGGCCCAGUUGACCCGAUGUUUCAUGGAACAAUCACAGAAGAGCUAACCAGUCAUGAAGAAUGGAGUCACUAUAAUGAAAACAUAAGAGAAGAUCAAAAAGAUUUUGUUUUUGUGAAGUUCAAUGGACUUCAUUUAAAGUCUAUGGAAAAUUUGCAGUCUUGCAUCUCUCUUAGAGUAUGCGUCGUCUCAAACAAUUUUAUUACAGAUAUUCAUCCACUUCAGAGUUGUAUAAAAUUAAUCAAACUUGAUCUCCAUGGAAAUCAGAUAAAGAGUCUACCAGAUAACAAAUUUUGGAGUGGAUUGAAGAAUCUAAAACUCCUCUAUCUUCAUGACAAUGGGUUUGCAAAGUUAAAGAAUAUAUGUGUAUUAUCUGCCUGUCCAAACCUCAUUGCCCUCACUAUGUUUGAUUGCCCAGUAAGCCUUAAAAAAGGAUAUAGACAUGUUCUUGUUAACAGUAUAUGGCCUCUCAAAGCACUGGAUCAUCAUGUGAUUUCUGAUGAAGAAAUAAUUCAGAACUGGCAUCUUCCUGAAAGAUUCAAAGCAUGUAACCAUCGACUUUUCUUUAAUUUCUGCCCAACUUUGAGAAAGGGAACAACCUAUGAAGAGGAAAUUAAUAAUAUUCAAUAUAUUACUUCAAAAAUUAAUGCAAUUCUGGCUCAUAAUUCACCAGUUUUGAUUGUUCAAAGAUGGAUACGUGGUUUCUUAGUUAGAAAAAAUUUGAGCCCUGUGUUUUUGCAUAAAAAACAUCGGGAAAAAAUUAUUAGAGGAUAUGAAACAAAAUGGAUUUACAUAACCAAAGGAUAUGAAGAUAAGCUCCUUAAGGAUCUCUUUUUCAAACCUGAAACUAAUAUAAAAGGAAAGCUUGCAUAUUGGAAACAUAAUAUAUAUUAUCCUGUUGAUUUAAAAACUUCCAGUGAACACAGAAAACAUGUUUCAUCUAUUUUAUGUGAAUUAAAACCAAAAGAUCUUGGCAUGAAAUCAAAAACAUCAAGACAUCUCAUUCAAAAAGGUCAGGAGUCUAAGGAUGAAAUUGUGGAUGAAAAAUUGGAUACCAGUUUUAGGAUAUCAGUUUUCAAACAACCCAUAUGUACUUCCGUUUCAUUGAAGAAUAUUGCAGUAUUGAAAGAGAAUAAACAAGAUUUUUUUCCUGCAUAUCCUCAGCCAAUCUUUGCUACUCAUCCAAAGCAAAUCACUAAAAAAGACAUACGAUUGGAGAGGAGUAUGAAAGAGUUUUUUGCAACACAAAGAGCUGGUAUGAAACUCCAAACAUUUAGUGAUAUUGACAAAUAUUACGCAGAACAAAAGAAGCAGGAAUGCCAUAAAGAAAAAGUAAGAGCUGUAGCCAUGGCACAAGUUGCUCGUGAAAGAGUUAGAGUAACUGUUAAUGAACAUUUGAAUGAGAAAAAAUAUGCUACACAAAAACUAAUUGAAGAAAAUAAAGAGAUAAUUCAGAACGGUUUACGACAAGUUUGGCAAAACAGAUUCAACUACCUUGAAAAAGCUAGGGAGAGAAGAGCUCUGUUUCUAAAAGAAAAAUCCCAAAAGGCUGCAGAGCGUUUAUUAGUUCAAAAUUUAAAUAAUGAGCGCACUCUUUUGACCAGAGGACUACUUAAAAUUGACAGACUGAAGAAGAAUGAGGCUGACCUAAAAGAGAAAAGCCUGAUUGUUAAACAAAAACUAAAAGCAGAAAAAUAUGGAAAGAAUUUACUUAAAGAAAUGAAAAAAGUUAGGUCUCAAGAAAUAUAUAAAAGACAUUGUGAAGAAAAAUUUGUUACGGAUAUGAUUGCCUUUGAAAAAGCCUGUGAAAGACUUCAAGAUGCUAAAACAAAAGUAGCAAUUGUGAAAACAAAUUUAGACUUUAAAAUUCCCAAUGGAUUGAUAAAAUGAAUCAAUGCCAGAUCAUGGCCUGUGAUCAUCUUAAAUUAUAGUCAUUAUUUUUAGUUGAAGGAAUUUUAAAUAAUACUCUAAAGCAAGAAAUACUCUACAUCACAAGAUGGAUUUAUAUAUAAAUAUUCUAAAACAUAUAAAGAUUAGUUAAACUGUUUCUCUUAUUGGUCAUAAUUUAACUUAAAUAAACUUGACUUAGCACCUCUGAAAAAUUUCUUAGAUCGGAUGCCCAAGGAACAAUUAAAACUGAUUUUAUUUAUUGUAGACAAUCUUGCAAUGACAUUGCUGAUAUUCCAUUUCAUAUUCUCUCUAAAUACAGCGAUUCAUAAGCUAAUUUAGGUGUCUCUGGAAACCUUAGAAUAGUAAUUUCUACUCCAACUGCUGACUUUUAUUAAGACACUGUGUACGUUGAUUGCUUUUAUUACCAGCUUUUAUAUAUUUAAUUAUAUUUCCUGCUUAUUUUGUUAAAAUAAUUUCUGAAUUUAUUUUUUAAAAUACCGUUUCACUAUUUUGUCAGUAAUUUAUGCUGUUAUAAAAAUUCAGAAAAUAUGAACUAUGAAAAGUAAAUCAAACAUUCUUAUUACCUUCCUUGAAGACUGUAAGAUUUUUGUAUAUUUACUUGUGAUGGCUUUGCCCUGUUUGGUAUAUAUAUGAAGACAGGGAAAAGAGAGAGGAGAGAAGCAAGAGAGAACCCAUAUAAUUAUAUAUUUGAAUCAUAAAAUAUACAGAAAUAGUAUAUAUUAACCAUAAGUCUGUUUAAUACAUACCAAUGGUAGAAAAUUUGAAAAAUAAACUGUUAAAAAAGACCUAAAAAUCCUUUGUAAAAUUUGCAACCAUUUUCAAUAGUGAUUUCAUAUAUCUAGAAAGAUAGGUGUCUCACCAUAAUUAUGACAUUGUUCACUAAAUACGAUGUAGCUAAUACUAUUCAAAAUUUCUCUUUAAUAUUCUUGGUUAUAUCCGUAAGUUUUUAAAACACUGUUGCUUUAAAAAUUCCCUGAUUUUAUGUCUAUGGUAAAUUUCCAAAAAUCACAUAUUUUACAACAGUGGUUACAUAGUUGUGCUUCUAUGCUGGGCUGCUAACAAAUGAUGAUAGAAGUUUUCUCAUUUUCUAUAAAAUAAUAGCUGUCUUUUUAAAUCCGUGGCACAAGCUCUCACGUUUCUGAUAAUUAGAAGAUAACUAAUAAGCAAGUCAUAUUGGCAUGUCUAUUUAUUCUCCAAAAAGAACAAAGGGACAUACUGUGGGGUUGUAGAAAGCAUGACCUAGGUUUACAGCAAGUUAGCUAAUGUGUUACCCCAGUUUUCUGUUCUGUGUUUGGAAAUAAUACAUAUAUUUUGGAGAUUUACUUUACACAAAGUAAACAUUUAAUAAAGGUAAGCAUGUAGUAGUGGAGGCAGAAGUCUUCUCUGUAUAGCUAUAGGAGGAUUUGUCACCUAUUUAUGUGAGCUUUGAGAGGCAUCAUCAAAGAAAGUAAGCUUGAUUGUGUGAUAUGUUUGGAUAUAAGUCAUUUAUUCAGUCCAAACAUUAGUUGAGUGUUGGUAAUCUUUAUGCUCUCAUUUUAUCCGUUAAAAGUUUUAUAGCUUUUAUCACACGAUAAGUAAUCAAUAAUUUCCUUGACUAUUUUAUACCAACCUGUGAGCUUCUUUAAGGAAAAUAAUAUUUUACUCAUCUCUGUCUCUCUAUUACUUUUGACUAAGGCAGGUAUGCUAUGCACAGUGUUUUUUUGUUGUUGUUUUUGUUGUUUCUGUUUUUAGCUCUUCUUUCCUAUUUAUGCCCUGUCCUAGUCAAUCUUGUGAUAUUUACUGCCACUUACUGUUUAUGUUUUGAAGAAUUCAAAAUCUGUAUCUCUAGAUUAUGCCUCUAGAUUUAUAUAUCGCCUAUGUUUUCAGAAUGCAUGCCACACGUCUCUACUUUGAAGGCCUAAAAUAUUUUUAUGUCAUACAUUAAAAUGGAGCUCGUUUUUAUUAU